CGCCAGUCGUCCUCGACGUGCAAAGUCGUUCUGUCGACGCCGAAGUCUCCUCGCUUACUCAUCCCUCCUUGCCUCGAGCGACACCACCAACCUCUCACUUUAAUCUUGCUCUCGAGGCUAGAAAAUGCCUGACGAGUACACCUCCACCAAACGGCGACACCGGGAGAAAGGUGAUGAAGAGAAGAAGAGCAAGAAGCGACACAAGCACCACGACGAUGACAAGGAGAGGAAGCACAAGUCUAAACGGAAACGCACGGACGAGGGGAAGUCUCACAUACGCGACGAUGACAUGGACGAGGACGUUUGGGUCGAGAAGAACAUCGACAUGGAAGGGGAACAGCCACUAGCAACUGACAUCCCUACUGCCGAGAGCCUGAAGCUGAAAUCAAACGUCAAUGACGUUCCCCCAGGCGCCGAAGUCCCUCCCAGCCGGCCUACCGAGUCCACCCUCAAGCGCGACGACUGGAUGCUUAUGGAGCCUGAGCAGCCCACAGUGCCUCAGCAAUCCUCCACUAUCCCCACCGCACAAGACGACUCUCUGACCGAUGGCUACGGCGAACCCUCAGGCAGCUCGCGCACUCUUGGCGGCGGCGUCGACUUCUUCUCCAGCCUCGGGACUGAACAUAGGAAGAAACCACCGCCGAAACCUCUGGAUGAGAAGCCUAAGAUCAGCUCCCGUGAACUCAACGCCGACAUGUUGCAGAACCCUCCACCGCCAGACGACAAUGAGCCCCCACCGCCGCCCAAGAAAAACGUUCCCGGUGGGCCCGGCUCUUCCUGGCGCAUGAUGCGCCUACGCAAGGUCUACGAGGCUGCGGAAGAGGAUGGCCUGUCUAUCGAGGCCGUUGCCAUCGACCGCUUCGGUAGCCUUGAAGCGUUCGAAGAGGCAAAGGAGGAGCGGAGGAUUCUGGACGAGCGCGAGGGGCGGCGGUCUCAGCAAGGAUACGGCUCCCAGCAGGGCAACGGCUCGCAGCGGGGAUACGGCUCGCAAGGACGGCAGGGCUCAGGCGUGCAAGGCGGCGGCCCGAAGGGCAUGAUGUUCAACGACCUGCCAUUGAGCGGUGCCUCAAGCCGGAGCUCAUCCUUCCGCAAGCCAGGACAGGAUAGCAGCGUCCCUGGCACGCCUUCGCCACCCGCGAAUCGGCGCCUCGACUCCCUCCGGCUACCUUCCCAAGCAGGCUCGAAGCUCGCGCAGUCGCACACGCCGAUUCCGAGCGUCAUGACACCGCCGGUAGGCGUUGGGAGGAGUGGGAGCAGUGGCGGUGGAAGCCGCGCAGGAGGGAAGCGCGCGAUGUCGCCGUCGUCGCUCAACAAACUGCAAGCAAAGGUGUUGCGGGCGAAGUUGAUGGGGUCGCCGGACGCGGAGGCGCUGGAGAAGGAGUACGAGGCGGAGCAAGCAAGGGCAAACGGCGCGGAUGACGGCGACGACGGUGGCCAAAGCUCAGGCGUACGCACUCAGGUCGAGGUGCUACCCACGCUGGACGGGCGCGGUCGGUUGUAUGAUGUGGGUUUGGGCAGGGAGGAGCCCGAAGCGGAGAAGAAGUCGGGGAAUAGAAAGAAGAAAGAGAAGAUAGAGACCAGAGAUCCCAAGACGGGCGAACUUAUCAGGAUCAACGCGGACGAUGAUGAGCUCACGUUGGGCGAGAUGUUGCGGCAGGAGCGCUUCGGUGCCGGCCAGGCUGACCAGAAGGACCUUGACGCGCAAUUCGCCCGCGCCAUCAUGACUGACGGCAAGUUCGAGAACGACCUCGACUACAUCGACGACAACGCCGAGAAGCUAGGGCGCCAAAAGAUGCGCACCGACGCCAUGAAGCGCCAGUUCGCCAUCCACGACUACAAGAAGACGCAGCAGGUCCUCUCCUCCUGCAUCUACUGCUAUGGCGCGGACGACUCGCCCCCGAAGGCGCCCGUCGUCGCAAUGGGCACGCGCGCGUAUCUGGCGUGUACAACGAGCGAGGAGUUGGUGCCGGGGCAUUGUCUAAUUGUGCCGAUUCAGCAUCAUUUGAAUAUGCUGGAGGCGGACGACGAUGUGUGGGAUGAGGUGAAGAACUUCAUGAAGUGCCUAAUGCGCAUGUUCGCCGAAGAGGACAAGGGUGUUGUGUUCUACGAGACCGUCAUCUCGCUCAAAUGGCAAGCGCACACCGUCAUUGAGUGCGUCCCUCUGCCCUGGGAGCAGUUCGAGGUCAUUCCGGGAUACUUCAAGGAAUCCAUCCUCGCCUCCGAAGCCGAAUGGUCUCAACACAAGAAGCUCAUCGACUUCUCUGCUCGCCCGGGUGGCUUCCGGCGCGCCAUGGUGCCCAACCUGCCCUAUUUCGCUAUCCAGUUCGAUUACAAGGGCGAGAAAGGGUAUGGGCACGUCAUCGAAGGCGGGGCGACGGCAGACGGCGACGAGGAGGGCGUGGAAGAGGGGGAGAAGGGGGGUGGGGAGUUCCCGAAAUACUUCGCUGGGGAGAUCAUCGGAAACGUCCUUGAUCUUGAGCCGAGGAAGUGGAGGAGGCCGAAACGGAUUGACUUUCACAGCAAUAAGCAGAGGGUGGCGCAGUUCAAGCAGAAGUACGACCAGUUCGAUUGGACGCCGAUGAUCGGGCAGUCUUGAAGCGUUGUGUCAUUUUGACCACCACAUCUAUGUGUAUAAUACAUGCCGCAGCUACACACUCAUACGAUGGUUGUGUAGGGAUUGCCAGUCGUAUCGUUGCUCAAGAGUUACACCGUCCA